UCCCCGCUCUCUGGCCGUUCCCAGCGGCAGCGGGGCAAGGAUGAAGGACCGGACCGGCGAGCUGCGCGCUGCCAAGGACAGUGAUGAUGAUGAUGAAGUCACCGUCAGCGUGGACCGGGAUCGUUUCAUGGAUGAGUUCUUUGAGCAGGUGGAAGAAAUUCGAGGCUUCAUUGAUAAAAUUUCGGAGAAUGUGGAAGAAGUGAAAAGGAAGCACAGUGCCAUUCUGGCUUCCCCCAACCCUGAUGAAAAAACGAAAGAGGAGCUGGAGGAGCUGAUGUCUGACAUCAAGAAGACGGCGAACAAAGUGCGCUCCAAACUAAAGAGCAUUGAGCAGAGCAUCGAACAAGAGGAGGGACUGAACAGGUCAUCGGCCGACCUGCGGAUAAGGAAAACUCAGCACUCCACGCUGUCCCGCAAGUUCGUGGAGGUGAUGUCGGAGUACAACGCCACGCAGACCGACUACCGGGAGCGCUGCAAGGGCAGGAUCCAGAGGCAGCUGGAGAUCACUGGCAGGACCACCACCAGCGAGGAGCUGGAGGACAUGCUGGAGAGCGGCAACCCGGCCAUCUUCUCCUCUGGGAUCAUCAUGGAUUCAAACAUCACCAAGCAGGCUCUGAACGAGAUUGAGACACGGCACAGUGAGAUCAUCAAGCUGGAGAACAGCAUCCGAGAGCUGCAUGACAUGUUCAUGGACAUGGCCAUGCUGGUGGAGAGCCAGGUGGGGAAAAGGGCUGCCGGGCAGGGCAGCGUCCCCCCAGGGGCAGGGAGCUGCAGAGCAGGAGGGCGCUCAGCUCUGCGCGGGCACGCCGGCUGUGUCCCCCUGCAGGGAGAGAUGAUUGACCGCAUCGAGUACAACGUGGAGCACUCGGUGGACUACGUGGAGAGGGCUGUGUCCGACACCAAAAAGGCGGUGAAGUACCAGAGCAAAGCCAGACGGAAGAAGAUCAUGAUCAUAAUCUGCUGUGUGAUCCUGGGCAUCGUCAUCGCCUCCACCUUCGGCGGCAUUUUCGGCUAGCCUCCCCCCCAGGACUGUCUGUGUGCGAUGGAUGGAGCCGCGCGUGCCAUGGGGCUGCAGCCACCCGGAGCGACCCGCGCAGCCCCGGAGCCUCCCAGCAGCAUUUCAGUUUAAUGCAUGGUUGUUUGUGACGCUGUGUGUGCGGUGCGGUGCGUCUGUGUGGAGGGAGCUCCGGCCCCGGGGCAGGCGGGGGGCCGGCCCUGGUGAUGGCUGCAAGGGGCACCCCGGCGGGGAACCCGAGCUCUCAUCACUGCUCCAGGCUGGGGGGCUGGCUGGGACCGGCUGGGUGGGGGACAGGAGUGCCCGUGGGCGCUGCUGCUGCUCAUCCUGUGGUGGGCAGUGUGUGUUGGUGACAGGAGGAGGGAGGGAGGGAGGGAUGAUGGGGGUCAGGGGUCCUCGGGAGUGCCCAGUCAACCUCCCCAGCUUGCCCAUCACCUCCAACUCUCAUGUCUGUCGGCCGCAUCUGUGCUUGCAAACACCUUCCCUCGGGCUGCUUCUCUCCGGGGCCCUUCCCCAGGGGUGUGCUCUGCCCAGCCCUGCCUGGCCAGUGACUGUGGCUGGCUCUGGGGCUCCAUCCCUGCCACUCCUCCCCCUCCCUACAUGAGCCCUCACCCCAGUAGGGUGCCAAAGGCUGGUGGGUGCCUGAUGGAGCGGUGUGGAAUAAGGAGCUGCUGUUUGGGGCCAUCACAGUAGCUUGGGGACAGGAACAGGGCACGUGGGGGCCAGUGCUGCUCCUGGUUGCUGGCCUGACAGGGCAGGAUGGCACGGAUAGUCCAAGGCCAGUGAAUUUCCCUGGCUGCUCAUCCUGCAGCACAGCCUCAGGCAGUGCUCUCAGCCCUGGCAUAGGGUGCCCUGGCUUCUCCUGCGCACAGGCUGGACUCUGCCUGCCAGUGUUUGGGGCUGUGGCUGAUGUCCUCAGCCCCUGGCAGCACUCAUCUGCAAGCAGGGCUGCUCCAGCCUUGCUUUUUCAUACCCAUGGCCGGGGGUUAGAAGCAGUUGGGCUCUCUCCUGUUGUGAUGCCAGGAGCAGCCCUUGCUGCAUCCAGCCCCCUGCCAGCCAGGAGCAGCAGCCUCCCUCCUCCUGUAUCCAGUCUGGCUCUGAACAGGCCAGUGCCUGCCUGCCUGUUUGCCACCUCCUGGCACUGCUGCUCCUGGCACCGUGCCCUCCUGCCCAGCCAUCCAGUGAGGCACCUGCUCUUAGUGGGGAGCUGUGGGACAGGCUGGGUGACCUAUGCCCUCUGCUGUGCCCAUGACACAGAUGCAGCCGCUGUGGGGGUCUCACUGGCAGCUCAGGGGGGUCCAGUACUGCCACUGCCUGUCCCCUCAGGCUAGGGACAGGGCUCUGCCCUCACCUUCCUCUGGAGACCCCAGGGCUCUGGCUGGCCUGUGCACAUGCCAAAGCACCCCAGAGGAGUCCCAAGUCACUGCCACUCUGGGACAGGGGCUGGCUAUCAGGUGCUGGUAGCAGAAAAGGGACACUUGAUGGCAGCCACUCUUCCAGCCUCGGGCAGCAUCACCUCCCAGCUCCCACCAGCACCAGGGCAGGGCUGCUCCACAAGCUGGCAGGGUGCUGUGGCUCAGGCACUGGCUGUGUGUGGUGCCCUCUGGGUGCAGGGGAGAGGCAGAGGCUGCAGGCACAGAGUGCUGCCUGCCCCAGGGCCAGCCCUGACACAGCUCUGCCACUGUCACCCGAGGUCCCCCCACACAGCUGCAUGCAGCUCACUUUGGAAGUGGGUCCAGCCUGGUUCCCCACAGUGCCCAGUCCAAGCCCCUGGGGGUGCAGCCAUGGGAACACCCCAGACCCGAGCCCCCUUCUUUCACAGUCCCACACCAGAUGUGAGCUCCAGCACUGCAGCCUGCAGGCACUGAAGGGCUUGGGGCACCAGGACCAUGCAGGCAGGGCUAGGAGGCAGGCAAGGGCAGGGUCUCUGCUCCAGUGGGACAUGUCUGGCUGCAGGAAAAGGGAGUGGCCAUGCUUCUGUCUCUCAGCAGCUCCCUGCCACUGCCAUUUAUGCUUUGCCAGGCCAGCAAGAGCCCCAGGGCCCCUCCAGGAAGCAAUAACACUGGGCAGGCAGGAAAACCCUCCUCCCAGGCUGCUGCCCAGCAGCCAUGCUCCUGCCCUGCAGCCAUGCCAACUGCUAGCACAAGGUGACUUUUUUUUCUUCCAGGCAGCGGCUUUAGUGGCACAAGCUCACCUGACAUCAGGGCUGUGGCACCCCUGUCAAGGCACAAGGCCAGGAACUGCCUCAAGGGGGUUUCUUGGCCCUUGCUCCUUGUUGGCACCACCACUGCCAGCAGCCCCCACAGCAGCAGGAGUCGGAGGGGGCCAGUCAGGGCCGCUGGCACUUUGCUGGGAUCCUGGGGGCAGCAGCAGUGCUGGGCUCCAAAGGCAGGGAGACGAGGAGCAGGCUGCCACUGCUGCCCCAAAGGCAGGCUCCCACUGUCCUCGCUGUGAGGGGAGGGUGUUUUGGUGCAAUAAUUACCCCUGCACUACGGGAAGCCCCAUUGAGUUCCUUUUCACCUACCUGUCGUUGCAUGUACAGACCAAAUCACCAAGUGUGGUUGUGCUUUGGGAAGACGUUUCACCUUUUCUUUCCAGCCCCCAACCUGCACCCGCUUGUCCUUUGGGUUCCACCACCUCUGUUCCAGGUGCCACCUGCCCUCCCCACGCCGGGAGCGUGUUGAUGCAGUAUUCCAUGAGCAGUGUGGGGCACGCACAGCUUGCACUCGAACUGGGGAUUGGGGUUUUUUUUUGUUUUUUUUUAAUUAAUGUACUUGAAGGCUUUCCGAGCCCCCUGUGGAGUUCUACUGUUGCUGUACUGUGAGCUAAGUGUCCUUGUUUUCUAUGUGGAUCUUGACCCUGGCUUGCUCUGUCUCACUGGGCUGGAUGACACUGUAUGUUGCCUCUCUUCUCCUUCCCUCUUUCCCUUCCUGCUAGCAUUCCUUUCUUCUCCCAAGGCUUUGGGUGCAAAACAGCUUCCCAUUUUGUGGAAUUUUUAUGUAGAAUAAACAUUUGUAACUGUAAA